AUGUCACUAACUGGAAUGAUACUUGACGUGUCUCGGUCUAUGCGGGGAAAAAUUAAAGGCGAGCCGGACGAAAGAGUUGGGCCUUGGGCUCAAUCGAUAUUUCAAGUUAUUGAUUACUUCAUUCACGAUGAUGCAAAGGUAUUCGCCAUCGGCGUCGGGGCAUUAGUUGCUGGUCGGCAUGCCAAAGAAAUAUUUGACGUUAUCGGAACUGUUGAGCAAAUCAAAGCGAUUGUGGAAGAACCAGCAACUAAAGAAACCAUCAAUGACAUUUUCGAUAUUCUCCAGAACAAUGGCGCCCGCAACAUACGAAUAUGGGCAAGAGAUAUAACACUCAUUCAAAAAACAGUAAGUGAUUACAAGGCGAAAACAAUUUUGCUCAAUUUAAAGGAUGACAAGGAUUUUUUACGUACGUUCGUCCAAGAUAUUUUGCCACACAGUGUUCGUGACAGGGAACAAGAAAGAAAGGAUGAGGGUGUUUCUGGGACAAAUCAGGGUGGAAUCAAAAGAAAUGCAUUAACUGCUUCUCUUAUGAGUCGUAUCAGACCAGCAAACGAACAGGAUAUUAAGGAUGUUGUAGAGAAAGCAAGAACUUACCUUACUUCAAAAGGCAAAUGGAAGUUAAUUAAUAAUUUCGGCCAAUUAACGGGCACUUCGAAGCAAAAAACAAGGCACUCUCUGGCCAGUGGCAAAGAUGUCCAUCUGAUUCUACAAGACGUAGAUAUAUAUAAAUCGAUCUUCAGUGUGCACGAUGCUUCUCGCAUUAUUCAUGGCUAUAUUGGGGAAACAAAAGAACUUUCUUCAGCCCGACAAAGAGAGCUUCUGACCAGCAUCGAACCCUUCAUUUAUGGCCUAACACCAUUAUAUCAGUCGCUCAAAGUCGCCGUAACUCUGUUUAAACGGGAAAUUUGUGAGAAUAAAAUACUUUUCGUGUUAUCGGACGGUGAGCCAACUGACGGAAAAAAUGACGACACUGUUCAAAUUGAACAAAUUACUUCCCAGUUUAGGGAUGCUGGUGUCAAAGUCGUGACGUGUUUUAUCACGAGAUCCACUGAUAUCGAACCGAAGCGACUGUACGACAAAAUGGAAAAUGAUUGGGAGCCUGGAGCCAAGUUCCUGUUCUCGUUGAGCUCUAAAGUAUCAACACAACUCCUACCAAGAGCAAUUUUGGCGAAACGUGAAUGGACGCUCGAUAUCACCAACAAUGAAACGAAGUUGUUCAUUCAAAUCAAUCACCCAGAUAACCUAAGGGAGUUUUGCGAAAUAAUUAAAGAUGUGUUGUUUAGCCAAGAUGCACUUCCCGAGCUUCUUGCUUCUGUUGACCUGGAUAUGUACAUCAACAAAACGACAACUACAUUUACACCAAAGAAUCAACAGAAGGACACGUGCUACGCGCACGCAGUAGCUGCUGUGCUUCAUUUAGCAAUGCAGCGAAUCUACGGUCGCGACGAGGGCUGUCCAGAUUUUCACACGUUGAAAGAUGAAAUAAUCAGGGCCUAUGGAGAACGUGGUGCCAAUACCUGCAAAGUUCUAAAAAACAUUUGCCCGCAAUAUCGGUUAUAUAGCGAAGAAGUAGACAUCAUCGGAGCAAAGAAGGCCAUUGUAGAGAAACGCUUUGUUGUUGCAAGAUUUCGUUUAACUGAUGAUGAAUGGGAGAUUUUCUCUAGUUUUUACAAACACAAUCCAGCUGGUGUGCUCACGCAAGAGGUACUUGAUGUUCGUAAACGUCCAACAUCUGAAGAAUCUAGCACAUCUGGUCACGCCGUCGUUUUGACAAGUUACAACAGCAAAUGCUUGACCUUCAUGAAUUCCCAGGGAGCAGAGUGGGCCGACAACGGAUUCUUCAAGAUACAAAAUGACCAAGUGCUUCAGUUAGAAUUCUUUGAUGUUAACUGGACGUUGAAUGAUCUCAGCGAAACAGAGAAAAAAAAUUACCAACAACGUGGGUACGAAUUAACAGCAAAGUUAACGAAAUCAUUAGAAGGCUUACAAAAAGGAGCCGAAUACACCUGCCCGAAAUGCAAGAAAGAAUCGCCGGUGACCAAAUUCACUGGAACCAUUUCAAAGGUUUGUUGUCCAAGAUGUCAUAAAGAAUUUUCCACAUGGGACAACGCAAGCAAUAUUCUUGCGCUAAGCAUAUACCUCGUAUCUAAAAGCAAGAGCUAUAAUAAGUAACUUCUAACUAUCAUGUGUCGCAUGGAUUAAAGGCUCAGUGCAGCUUUAGAAUACUU